AUGAUCACAGAAUCCGAAUUACAGGCACAAUAUGAUGCCGCUGUCAAGCGCUUGAGGGAUGCUGAACAGGGCGUCGCAGCUGCUUUAAAGGAAAUGAAUAAGAAAGAAGCGUUAGCAAAAAAAAAACAGAAAAGCAUCAAAGAGUAUUAUCUCGCUUGGUCAGAAAAACAGAAGGUAGAAGUAGCUAUUGUUGAAAAGUAUGAACAAGAAUAUGCUGCUGAGUAUGCGAAAAAUUUGUGCUAUACAGAUUGGAUGAAAAACAAGCACGGAACUGACUCCAAGGAAGCACAAAUAGCCCAGCAUCGCGGAGAGUUAUCUCGCACAAGGGAUUUUGUUUAUUUUGGUGGUUCUCUAUAUUCGACGAAAUGGUACAAGUUGUAUUGCAAAGUUUGGUGGGUGUACUAUCAGCUCAAGGCAGAAGGUUAUGGCAACAUUGCAGCUGAACUCAAUAGGGCAAGGGAAGUGUUUUGUCAUUGUAUAGAAAAAGAAGCCAAUGGUAAAACCUUUGAUGCUGCACGGAAAGCUGCCUUUGCAGCAUUGGAUAAAUGGGAAAAGGAGAAUGAUCGUGAAGAAUGGGAUGAGGCAAAGUCAGAGUACGACGCUGCGUUAGCCAAGUGGAAUGAGUUCAAACCCGAGGGAGACCAAUACGCAGAAGAGUUGAGGGUUAAGAUAUAUGAAUGCGCGAAAAAAACUUUAAAACUGUACGGUAUUGCAGAUGAUUUUGAUAUUGCUGCAUUAAAGAAAGAAUUGAGCCGGAAGAGUCAAAAAAUCGAUGAUUUGGAAGAUCAAUUAAGCCAAAAAGGUCGAGAAAUUGGCGAAUUGCAUGGCAGAACAAAUGAACUAGAGGCGACGGUUGGAGAAAUGCGCAUUUGGAUGGAAUCGCUGAUCCGCAUGAAUCAAGCAUUGAUCAAUGGUCAAUAUAAACAGAUUGAAGAAUCUGAAGCUUUUGCACGUACCACACUAGAGCAAGAGUGGCAAUUUUGGUUCGAAAGAGCGACGUCAUCACAUUUAAAUUGGUUAAAUUGGAUUCAGGAAAGAAUGCCUGAAAUAGCAGCAUUGGAAGAAGAAGAAGCUACCGCUCGUAAUAAGUAUAGGCAUGAAUUUUAUGAUUCGGUCCAAAACAUUGACAAUAGGCACGUUGAUCUUCAGGAAAUGUUGAGUGGGUGGGUAUUGGAUUAG